AUGGAGACGCAGAUACAUGUGCCCCUCGGGUCGCCGGUAAUUAGAAAAAUCCCCAUUUUCGUGGACGAACACAACGUAACGGAGGGGGCGAUGAAGCUCAUUAAAGAGCUGAGACCGGCGUGGGACACCAGCCAUGUCAAGACCAAGCUCUUCACUGAUGGAACGACCAACAAGCUUGUGGGCUGCUAUGUGGAUGCCAGUCCAGAAGACGUAGUGCUGGUCCGAGUAUACGGAAACAAGACAGAGCUGAUUGUGGAUAGAGACAAUGAGCUCAAAAGCUUUCAGGUGCUACAUGCUAAUGGUUGUGCUCCCCGCCUCUACUGCACCUUUCAGAACGGCAUCUGCUAUGAGUUCAUGCAGGGGGAUGCUCUUGGGACGCAGGAUGUCAGGGAUCCUUCCUUACUCAGAUUGAUAGCCAGGGAGAUGGCUCGUAUUCAUGCCAUCCAUGCACACAAUGGCUGCAUCCCCAAACCUAACCUCUGGAUCAAGAUGCGAAAAUACUUCUCCCUUGUGGCCACAGAAUUCACUGAGCAAGCCUCCAACAUCAGGAUCCAGCAGGAGGUUCCCAGCAAGGCGUUGCUGGAGCAGGAGAUGGUAUGGAUGAAGGAGCACCUCUCCACACUGGGCUCCCCUGUGGUGCUCUGCCACAAUGACCUGCUCUGCAAGAACAUCAUCCACAACAGCAAAGAAGGUCACGUUCGGUUCAUAGACUAUGAAUACUCCAGCUACAACUACCAGGCCUUCGACAUUGGCAACCACUUCAACGAAUUUGCAGGUAUGACUGAGCUGGACUAUGGGCUGUACCCCAGUCGGGAGAUGCAAAUGGACUGGCUCAAAGUAUACCUGCAGGCAUACAAACUCUUCACCAAGAAAACAGAGGAGGUCAGCCCACGAGAGCUGGAGACACUCUAUGUACAGGUCAACAAGUUUGCUCUGGCUUCUCACUUCUUUUGGGGCUUCUGGGCACUCAUCCAGGCUAAAUACUCCUCCAUCGAUUUUGACUUCCUCGGGUACGCUGUGUUGCGUUUCAACCAGUACUUCAAGACCAAACCUGCAGUGAUGGCCCUGCAGAUUCCAGAAUGAGAGGAGACAGAGGAGGACAGGAGGAGGCGAGAAGACAGGCGGGAGGGUGUAACAGGUUUUAUGCUAGGACUUCCUGUAGGGUGGGAACUGUUCUCUAUGAGCCAGCUACUGAUGGACCACUCCUUGGUCUGACUGGUGUCCUUUUCUGCAACAAGCGCAGUUAGUCUUUUAUUCCUCCAAAUUUAGCUCCACAUCUGUCACAAGUCUAGCUCAAGAAUUAUAAAACUUCCAUGAGUUCUCUGUGUUCUUAAUUUAUCUCGAUAAACCUGACGUCUUGCUUUCCCUCUGCAGCUGAACCAGGCGUAGUGAGCACAGCCGUCUGAGUUUGGGGUAGAGUUCACUGACUUAAAACCUGCUUUACUGUCUGUCACACUGGCACCAAAAUGUUCCACAAAACUGGUAAUGAAGGUCAAAAGAGGGAUGAAACUGUUAAGGAGGGUUCGAUGCUGACAUUUACUGACAUAGUUUGUCCUGCUCUCUGUGCAUUGUAUCCUGGCUCAAUGCCAUGGCCUCAUUACAGUUAGAAACUGACUACAGAGGCAUUUUACCUGGGAUUCCUCACAUUUUGCAUGAGGUGUGUGGUGAGACCAUUCCUCCUUCUGUCUGAAGAUGUUUUAACAGUUUGAAUUCUAAUCUCUGAGAUCCUUCCUCUUAUUUCCCCAUUUUUGGUGCUAACUGUUCAUAGCUGUGGUAUUUCUGCACUGUACUUGGCAGAGAACACCUGUGUAUCAAACGCUGUGGGCGGCACUGUGUCAUCUUCUCUCCUCGGAUUGAUGUAGUUUGAGCUUCUGUUGGUUCCUUCUCUAGCUAUUCCAAGCAAACUGCUGCUGUUGCUGCUGCUGAAAUAUGAAACAUACUUUUCUGUGUGCUAGUGGACUUUUCCUCUGGAAGGACCUACCAAACACUGAGUGUGUGGAACAGCAAAUGGAAAAGCUUUUCAUGGACCUGCUGUAGGUUGAAUCACUAUUGUGUUAUAGCAAUCAGUGAUAGAGAGUAGCUAAAUGUGCAUUUAUUUAUUUAUGUGAAGACAUUGUAGAUUAUUUAACAUCUCAGGUCAACAACUCUUCAGUUUGGGUUGCUUUAGUAAGUGUUGGUUUGUGUUGAAAUGGGAAGUGGAACUGAAGGAGGAGGGGAGAUAGAUUAAAAACAAGGGGACCUGUGUAAAUGUCACUCUUAACUCUGUGCAUUUCUGUCCUGGAACCAUUUUUCCACCUUCUUGACUUUUAUGGUUACAGUGAACCGCUCUGUUAAACUUUCCAGACCUCUUGGAAAAUCUCCCCCGUCCACCCACCCAGCCGCCUCUAAUGCUUUCCUGUGUCUUCUCCCUUCUGUUACUAUCUUUGAUCUCCUCCCACCCCAGCUUUGUUUCAUCCCUCCCUUUCUCUGUGGAUAUUGAGGCAUUAGCACCUGUUCCACUGGCCAUUUUAGCGUCAGAGACUGCUCUCAACCCCACACUGUAAUUCAUUCCCAUUCAUGUCGCAGAUUCUGAGCCUAAUUUUGUUAGUUAGUUUUUUAAGUUAUAGCUAGGGUCAAAUUAAGUCUAGCUUUCACAAAGAGGCAGGAGUGGGUUAUCUUGGGCUACGUGUCCAUCAUGAGACCACCUCUUACUGGGAUGGAACCGCAUCUGACUCUUACUCCUCUGAAACUAAAUCCUCAUUCCACACUCAGCAUGAAUGCUAGAACCCUUAAAGGGGGACUACACUGAUUUUACACAUCAGUCUGUUCAUAGGUGUUAGGGCUUACUAUUGCCAAUGUAAAAAAAAAAAAAAAAAAA